CACCCUUCCUUGCAUCUUGUGUCAAAAGCCGUUCAAUCGCGUCCAUCAGGCAAAAUGCCUUCCGCUUGCGCUUUCUUUCCUUUUGCAUAACUUUAAAGAUAGCAGUCUGCUUCGCGGGUUGCAAGGCCUGGGGAGUACUGAGAAGCCCAGGGUGAAUCAAUCAUGGAGACCAUCUACGUAGGCCUCCUGGGCUGUCUGGCCGUGGUCGUCAUUGGACUCUUGCUGUCCCAGGCUAAGGAUGGCGAUUCAGUUGCCGGUUCAGGCAGCCAUGCCUUUUACGCCUUGCGCAACAACUAUGUCUUCGUUUAUGCGCUGAUGAUGGCUGGCGACUGGCUACAAGGCCCCUACGUGUACGCUCUGUAUCAGCACUACGGCUAUGACGUCAAGGACAUCGGCCGGCUGUUCAUCGCGGGGUUCGGCUCCUCCAUGGUCUUCGGCACCGUGGUGGGCUCGCUGGCGGACAAGCAUGGUCGCAAGAAGGCCGCCCUGCUGUACGUGCUGACGUACGCAGCCUCCUGUGCCACCAAACACUCGCCCCAGUACGGCAUUCUCAUGCUGGGUCGGCUGCUGGGCGGUGUGGCCACCUCGCUGCUCUUCUCCGCCUUCGAGAGUUGGCUGGUGGCGGAGCAUGCGGCGCGGGGGCUGGAGCCCAAGUGGAUUGGCAGCACCUUCUCAUGGGCUGUGUUCGUGGGCAACGGCCUGAUGGCCAUCCUGUCCGGCCUCAUCGCCUCCUUCCUGGUGGACAAGCUGGGGCUGGGGCCGGUGGCGCCCUUCGACGCGGCGGCGCUGGUGCUGCUGGUGGGCGGAGCGGUGGUGGCCCGGUCGUGGCCGGAGAACUACGGGGCUGGCGCGGCAGGGGGAGCGGCGGGAGGAGGAGGAGGGGGAGAGGGGCUGGUGGGCACGUUGCGGCGGCAGUUUGCGGUGGCAGCUGGGGCGAUCCUGGGAGACCAGCGUAUCGCCCUGCUGGGCGCCAUCCAGUCGCUGUUCGAGGCCGCCAUGUACAGCUUCGUGUUCCUGUGGACCCCCGCGCUGGCGCCGGGCGGGGAGGCCAUCCCGCACGGCAUGAUCUUCGCCUGCUUCAUGACGGCGUCCAUGGCGGGCUCCUCCGCGUCUGGAAUGCUCAUGAAGCGGGUCAAGGUUGAGACCUACAUGAAGUACGUGUUCUCGCUGGCCGCAAUGGCGCUGGCGGUGCCCUUCCUGUGCAACGUGGACCUGGGGCCGGGGCUGCUGGCGCGCAGCAGUCGCCGCCUGCUGCAGGCGGCUCAAGAGCAGCAGCACCAGGGCGACGCAGCAGCAGCAGGGUUGUUUGACUCCUCGCUCCUCACGGCGGAGGAGAGCGGAGGUGUGGGUCGCAGUCUGGCGGGGGCAGCAGCGGCAGCGGCAGGGGCAGCAGUGCGGGGCAUCAGCCUGCAGGGGAAGAUACAGCUGGUGGCGUUCUGCGUGUUUGAGGUGCUGGUGGGCGCCUUCUGGCCCUCCAUGAUGACCCUCCGCGCGCGCUUCAUCCCCGAGGAGACGCGCUCCACCAUCAUAAACAUCUUCCGCAUCCCGCUCAACCUCUUCGUUUGCGUCAUACUCUACAACGUGCACCUCUUCCCCAUCUCCUCCAUGUUCGCCCUGUGCGCCACCUUCCUGGCCGUGGCGGCGCUGCUGCAGGUCCGGCUGGAGAAGCUGAUCCAGCAGAGCGCCCCGCCCGCCUUCUCCUACUCCGCCAAGGGGGCUGCUGCUGCGGGCGCGGUGGGGCUGAGGGACCUGCGGGGCUCGCGGGAGGGAGACACGGAGGAGCCUCGGUCCGAGAGGUGACUCUUU